GUUCAAAAAGUAAGUGCCAGGGUCCAAGCUUUUCAAGGAGUUUGGAUGCCCCUUUGGCCCUUCAGCCACCAUACAGGACCAUAAGGGUUAAAGAUGAUGAGGAAGAAAAGGAAGCGAGGCCCGAUCGCGUGUCCAUGCAGCAGCCCCGGCUCCCGGGCCCCCACGCUGCCGCCAGAGCCUCGGAGGAGACCUGCAUGGACGGGCAUGGGGAGAGCUGCCCCUUCCUGCGCCGCCGCCGCCGGGGCUGAGCCGCGCCGGCGCCGUCUCCGUCGCGGCUGGCACUCGCCUCCGCUGGCCGCCCUGCUGCUCCUGCUCGGCCUCGGGGGGCUACCCGCAGGUUAUUGCCAACAGCCAGCCCAGUGUCGAAUCCAGAAAUGUACCACAGACUUUGUGUCGCUGACUUCUCACCUGAACUCUGCCAUCGAUGGCUUUGAUUCAGAGUUCUGCAAGGCUCUACGUGCUUAUGCUGGCUGUACCCAGCGUACUUCCAAAGCCUGCCGUGGAAACUUGGUCUACCAUUCAGCUGUGCUAGGAAUCAAUGACCUCAUGAGCCAGAGAAACUGUUCCAAGGAUGGACCCACAUCCUCUACCAACCCUGAAGUUACCCAUGACCCUUGUAACUAUCAUAGCCAUUCAGAAGCUAGAGAACAUCAGGGAGGGGACCAGAGUCCUCCCACUUAUCUUUUUUGUGGCUUGUUUGGAGAUCCUCAUCUUAGAACUUUUAAUGAUCACUUUCAAACGUGCAAGGUGGAAGGUGCUUGGCCUCUUAUAGAUAAUAAUUAUCUUUCUGUACAAGUGACGAAUGUACCUGUGGUCCCUGGAUCCAGUGCUACUGCUACAAAUAAGAUAACUAUUAUCUUCAAAUCCCACCAUGAGUGUACCGAUCAAAAAGUAUACCAAGCCGUGACAGAUGACUUGCCAGCAGCCUUUGUUGAUGGCUCCACCAGCGGUGGGGAUGGUGAUAUCAAAAGCCUGCACAUUGUGGAGAAGGUGAGCGGCCAUCAUGUGGAGAUGCAUGCCAGGUAUAUAGGAACCACAGUGUAUGUGCGGCAGUUGGGUCGCUACCUGACUUUGGCUAUACGCAUGCCCAAGAACCUGGCUAUGGCUUAUGAAGAAAGCCAGGAUCUGCAGCUCUGUGUGAACGGCUGCCCCUCAAGUGAGCGCAUUGAUGAUGGGCAGGGGCAGGUAUCUGCUAUCAUGGGGCAGAUGCUUCCCCGAGCUGCCUCAGCCCCAGCCUGGCCUGGGUAUACACUGGAGACUGCCACUACUCAAUGCCAUGAGAAGAUGCCAGUGAAAGACAUCUAUUUUCAUUCCUGUGUCUUCGACCUGCUCACCACUGGUGAUGCCAACUUCACUGCAGCAGCUCAUAGUGCCUUGGAGGAUGUGGAGGCACUGCACCCUAGAAAGGAACGCUGGCACAUUUUCCCCAGCAAUGGAAUUGGGAACCUGAUGGGAAGCAGCAACUUGUCGCUCAGUCUUAGACUCAUGUGCUUGAUUCUUGUGGCGUUUUUGUAGGGUUGUUUUUUUUGUUUUUUUUUUUUUUGUCUAUAACAAAAGUUUUAAAAUAUAUAUUGUCAUAAUAUAUUGAGUAAAAAGAUAAGAGUAUAUAUGUAUAUACCAUGUAUAUGAAGGGAUGUUUGUCCUGGGACACCCACCGGAUUGUAUAUAUUGUGUUGGACUGUUUUUCAUGUAUGUUGGAUGUAGUAUUCUUUGAUUGUAUCAAUUUUGCUUUGCAGUUUUGUGAAAUGUUUUAUAAUGUCCCUGCAUUGGGACCUGUUAGAAAGCACUUUAUUUUUUAUAUAUUAAAUAUUUAUGUGUGUAUAUGGUUAAUAUGUAUAGUCCAUACACACAGAUACCACACCCAGUACUCCCUCUGAAGAAGGCCCACUUAAGAUGCAGAUAUGCUCAUUACUGCUAUUUUUUUUUACCUGAUUGUUAGUGCUGUGUUGCCAAGGACCUCAGUUUUCACAAAAAUCGCAUUCUUUAUUUUUAUAGAUCAAACUGAUUAGGUCAUUUAAACUAUAUCUUUAUCCUAUUUUCCUCCAUCUUUCACCCAAUAGUAAGCAUAUAUGCUUAUCUUAGACUACUGAGAAAGAGAUCCCAACUGCCAAUCUUACACGACAUUUUUGCCAGUUAUUCUUCAGAGAGCAGAGACUCUCUGAAUCAAAAUUUUUGUCCCCUAAUGUACUAUCAACCUUUUUUUUCCUCUGAACAUCUUUCUGAAUUUUGUUUCUUGUAAUCUUUCUUACCCUUUUUUCUUUUUUCUGUUCUUUUCAAGUUUUUCAUACAUGCCACCUCCCCCAGUUAGGACUGUGUCUAUAUAUGCAAGAUGAAAUGGAGCAUGGAAGCAAUGACAAUAUAAGCUUUGUUGUACUGACGUGGCUCAUUGGAGGAACUUGGUUAAAGUCAUAGUUGUUGCCCAGGUCAUUGCAUCAGCUUCUCUCCUAAGAUGUCUAAAUGAAUUUCAAGAGUAGCAAAUUAUCCACUUAACUCAGUGGUGUUUUCAGAAGUCUGGGAGCCAAAGCUCUAAUUCAUGUUUAUCCGUGCCACCUUCCCCCCAUUCUCUCACCUAAAAGAAAAAACAGUCAAAUGAAUCUUUGACCACCUCAUUGUAGCUUAAAGUAUAUUCUUGUACCAAGUGGAACCAAGACAGCUUUACUGCAUUUGGAUGAUUUUGGUAAUGUAUAAAUCUGUGUUUGGCUCACAUUUGUCAGCUAACUGCCUCCCUCUUGCACAUCACUUUGCCUGUAGACGUAGGAUGGCUAAUGAUCAAGUCUUGCUUUCCUUCUUCCAGCUGAGGAAACUGGGUGGAGUUCAACACAGCAACAAUCUUGAGUGAUUUGAGGCUUCUUUGUACUGAGAAAUGCUGGUUUAAUUUAGGCCUGUGAUGAGAUAGAUAUCUUGGGCUCCUUGUCUAUUCAUGUAUCUAAGAGCUUGAGAGAACAAGUUGGUGCUAGGUCUGGGAAAAUGUUGGAAAGAAUCCUGGCUCUCACAUGGAACGGUACAACAGCUCCAGAGCUGGGGACUGGACCUUUGACUUAAGUGGUAUAGGGAACUUCCAGAUGAGGACAUUCCCUCUACCAGUGCAGGUUUAGCACCUUCUCUGCAACUUGUAGUCUUAGAGAGUUAUGUAGGGGCACUUAGAGGUUAAGUAACUCGUCUAGGGUCUCAAAGUAUUGACUUUGUUGUGUGUUAGAGGAUGGGACACAUACUUCAGAGCUAGUUCAGUGGAAAUGGAUCUUGAGAGGAUCUUAGAAAUUAUUUAGUCCAGCCCCCUUGUUUUACGGAUAAGGAAACCAGAGUUCUGAGGUUAAUUGGCUUGCCAGAAUCACGUAGGUAAGUAAUAGAACUUGGGAUUUGAACACAGGUCCUCUACCUUCAAAUCAAGUGCUAUUUGAACAAAUUUCUUUAAUUUGUUUUUUCAAUCAUAGGUUUUGCACAAAUUGUUAUCAAAUUGAAGAAAGACCAUUUCUCAAAGCAAUAGGAGAGACCCUGAAGACUUUUGGACAGAAAGGUGUGCCAUCACUUUUCUACACUUUUGGGUCCUUUUCAGGGAGGAAAAAAGUGCCUCUAUUAAUGAUUUGAAAAAAUAAAGCUGAGCUUUGUAUUUCACAUGAAAAGAUAAGUGGAAGUGGUCUAUUCCUGGUGCACAAUCACACUAUGGGUGUAAGUACGUGACUCAUAGUGUGCUUAACCAAUUCCCUUUCUUGCUAGAAUACCUAUACACUACUUUGUAAUCCUAGGCCCCACAGAUCAGUAUGUUUCAGAAAUGGAAGUUCUUCCCUAGGGGGAGGGCUAAGUUCAUUUUCUGCUGUUCCUUCUCUCGGGUUUCUGGAGAAAAUGUUACUUGCACAUGUUGGUUCCUGAAAUCCACCAUUAGCCAAAAUAAAAAAGUUUCCCUUCACCCCAAACCUGUGGGUGGAUAGUCAGAAGCUGGUGUAUGGUCUCCUGGGGGAACUCAAGCAUGAAGGAACACGGAUUUUCCACAGAUGCUUCCAGUGACUGCCUUAAGAAGCCUUCGAUUCUUUUAUAUUUCUUUGUGUGCUUGGAAACCCUCACAAUGUGUCAAGACUUUGCAGGAAACUUUUAGAUGUGGUUCAUGGAUAUCCUAAUAAGUAUUUGUGUAAAAGAGUGAGUGUGCAGUGUGUAAAUACUUUAAAUUAUUAUGCUAGAAAAAUAAAGUUACAUACCCUGCUGUGGAAUGCUUGUCGUGGUUAUAGUGACCCCUGCUGAGAAAGUAGAGAAACACAGGUGAAGAAAGAAUCUUUAAAAGCACCCAUGCAGCAUAUCAGAUAACCCAUUUGAUUAGACUCAUUGUAUCCCCUCCCUCCAAACUCAAACCAACAGCAUUUUCUUCAUUCUCUCGUUAUUAUUAGUGGCUUUUUUAAGGGGUCAUGGGGCAAGGGGGGGUUGGUUAUGUCAGAAAACUAUCAGAGCUGGAAGGGACCUCAAAAAUUAUUCAGUUUAACCCCUUCAUUUUACAAAUGAAAAAAUGGGCUACAAAUGUUGCAUCGUCUGUGAGAUCUGAUAAUAUUCCAACAUCAUUAUUUUCAAUAGCUAUCUGGUUCGUGUUCAUAUUCAAUGUUGAUCUUAGUUUUAUUGCUGCAGUACAUGUUGGAGAGAUCAUUAGUAAUAAGAACUGACAUUAAAGCAGUGCCUUAGGUUUGCAAAACUA